AUGGCACCCUUUCUCUGGAACGACGAGGAGCAAUUUAUAGCACUGGUCAAUCUAUUAUCUCUGCGAAAUGGCGGGCAGCUGGACGCAGGUUCGGGAGAGGACGAUGUGCUGAACGAUUCCGAUGAAGUUGAUAUCGAUGAUGGUGAUACUGUCCAUCCUCAUCUGAUGUCUGGAGUCGACGAUGACUGCCUGAAACGCAAGGUUUUGGAUAGGAUGGCGGAGGUUGCUUCCCGGGACAAGGGCGGUAGACAGGUUUCCUGCGCUAUCCUGCAAGAGAAGGAUGAUGCGAUCACCAUCUAUCUAUCUCGGAACGAAGGCUUCGACAAAACCGACAAGGAUUUCUUCAAGAAGACGGAAAAGCUGCUUGCAGCGAUAUGCACUCAGACGAAUGAGGACGCACAGCCAGCUCAGGAUGCAUUAUGGAAGAGAAUGCUCCAAUACAACGAACCUCGUCUUGAGCAGUAUGUUCGCAGCCUCAGAGAAAAUCUCCGUUCUUUCAGAGGCAGGGAUAGCGGGACUAUUCCGUCCUGGUCUGUUACCCUAGAGCACGACGGUGAUGUUGUCGAUGACAACCAACUCGGUCCGUACACCGAGCAGACUCAUGAAUCCUACAUGGCUUUUGCGCGGAAGAAAUUGGACGAACUGUCCGACAUCGUCGAGUCACCAAACAAGCGAACCCCGGCUGAUACCAGACGUCUUCUUGUCGAGAAGUCGCAUUCCAUGCGCCAUUUGAGAUCCGUCAAAAUAUUCAUCAAGGCUUGCUCGAGCACAUCGAUCGCCAACAAGCUCUUAUCGGACAUCCUCUUCCUGGGGCGUCUUCGAUCCGCGUAUCUCACCUUCAUCGAUGCGGCGCACAACAUCCCCGCGUUCACCAGCACAUCCAUCGUUCUCGUUGCAGCUCCAAAGCCACGGGCUCCGCCUCUUCGUCCCCGCUCCUUGGCUGACGUAUUCAAAGGUUUACCAUUGCCGUACGACGAUGCAUCCAUUCGAAAGCACGUGCAUCCUAAAUUCACGUUGCCAAUGUUGCAGGAGAAAUACGCUAAGCUUCUGGAGAAAGCUACGAAACUGAAGCUUCCCACUCAUGCGGAGGUGCAACUGAUCGUUCACCUGUUGAAGCUCGGUAUCGUCGAUGCCGAGGUUUUCCCAUACAUUGGUUGCAGCAAAUUGACCUGCUUCCUGUGUUCCUCUUUUCUUCGGAGCCAGGCUGGUCUGAAGUUCAAAACCAGGGGCUGUCAUGGAAAGCUCUACACUCUAUGGUCCGUCCCUGACACGGAGGACUUGACCCAAUCCGCGGCAACGGUGUUGUCAUCUUCCUUGGCAGCCAUGAGGAGUAUACUUGUCAGCGAGAUUUUGAAGCCGAUUCAAGCUCGAGUAAAUGUCGCAGAAUCUUCUGCUGGUUAUACAGCCCAGAAUUCUGUGCAAACAAGAUAUCUGCAUAUGUUACAGGAAAGACGGGCUCGUGAAGCUGAGUUCAACUUCCUACGCGAGAAUUGGUCGUCUGCCAUCCGUAAGAAUGGGUUGCCCACUGAACAGAUGGAGAAUGAGGAGGAUGAGGAGGAUAACAAUCCCGACCAGAGAACUGCAGUUGAGGCACCAAUCUUUGGGGAAUGUCAACAAUGCGAAACGGAGACAUCGAGAAAAUGCUCCAAGUGCAAUCGACCUUGGCUGUGCAGUGAAAGCUGCGAACGGCUUUACGACUCUCCGUACCAUAACUUUCUAUGUGCCAUUGACCGGCCGCUCGAUUCUGCGGAUUAUCUGUACCUGGCCUGCCUCAAGGACACCUUCCCUGACGAUCCAGACACUCUCAACGAUUUUGGAUUCAGCAGGCUAUUGUCAGUCGGAGAUCAAUCGAAGCUCCUCGGAUUGUACAUAGGAGUUCUCCUGUACAUGGGCACCAACGUUCGAGAUCUGCACAAGUGGCAGUUGGAAGGCACGUUGGCGGCGAACAUCAUCGCAAUGUAUGAAAAGAUACCCGAAGGUAACAGAGGUGGUUACUAUCCCUGGUUCUUGCAAAAUCGGCAUAUCGUCGACUCGCCCUCUGCCGAGAUUGAUCCACGCGAAAUGCAGAAUACAUUCUUCGCUAUUGCACGCCCUUAUCUCGACCCUGUCGACAAAGACAAGGCAGUGCAGGAAUUUACCCCUCAGGCGAAGCGCGAUUCAUUUAUGCUGUAUGCGCUGUUACUGCGGGGUUGGCAUCCGGAUCCUGUGUCUCUCCCUGACCUUUUCUUCGAUUUCGGUUUCUGCACAUGCAGGGAGACUCCCCUUGCUUUUCUGUACUUGGAUCUGAUCAAAAGAUGCACGUUCACGGAGUUCUGGAAGGCGCACCAAUCGAACAGCCUCAUUCCUUUGUUCGAUGCCUAUGGGCUAGCACAGCAUCGAAAGAGGAUGCCACAUCUCGAGGCGUUUUUGGCUGUCGGCUCGAACGUUAAUGAUUUCCGACCUUCUGUCUGGAACCUCGUCCUCUUUUUGAACACGGAAGGUGCGGACGCACCUCGAUACCUCUUGGUGGACUACGGCUUCCUGAAUUGUGAUAAUGCGAAAGAGAAGCUGGAUUUGAAGGAGGUUUACACCCGUCUUCUCAAGAAAGUCGACCCCAUGGAUUUGCACAACGCGUGCAUCACUGGCCGACUCUAUGACUUCGCGUCUCGACAUACUCCUUUACCUCGUCGCUUCCAACGUCUGAUGAGGAAUCCCUAUCCAUUGCCAGGUUGUUCGUUUGCAGGCAUGUAUGCCGCGAACGUUAUUGAGCAUGUACAGCUAGUACUAGUAUGGGAGAGUUUCCUAGUUGAGACUAUCAGAUGGUCUCAUGGCGAGUGUCGCUACAGGACAUAUAGGAUAGAAACAGCACCAUGGAGGUUCCUGCAGAGUUCGAAUGCUUUGAACAAAUCAAUGCAAGGGCUAUGGUCUGCCCAUCGGCGAACAAAAAUCAAUCUCAAUUCGUCUUCUGUGUCGAGUUCAUCCGCCAUCACACCCAUAGCUACGCCUGCUGGCGAUGAACCAGUUACCGCUGUCUCAUUCGCUGAGACGCAGACUGCAGAGACCUCUACUGCUCCUCUAUCGGGUCCACCACAAUCUCUAGAUGUCGAUGGACCCAUUCCAGAUACACGCGCAGGAGUUUCGAAGAGAAGAACGCGCUCCGCUCGAACAUCCGGCGAGGAUAGUAACAAGAGGACGAAGCUCUCGCACCCAUCAGGCAGCGUUUCAAAGGACCACACGCCUCCGUCGACUCGACUUUCAGACCUCGGGGGCGUUGAUGCCUGUAUCGAAAAGAUGCUUGAGCUCGUGGCGAUGCCACUAUGUCACCCGGAGAUCUACAUCCAUACGGGUGUGCAGCCUCCGCGGGGAGUGCUGCUUCAUGGUCCCCCGGGUUGUGGCAAGACGCUAUUAGCAAAUGCCAUAGCAGGAGAACUUGGUGUGCCAUUCAUUAGUAUUUCUGCCCCAUCUGUGGUGUCCGGCAUGUCUGGUGAGUCAGAAAAAACACUGCGGGACACAUUCGAGGAAGCGAAGAGAGUAGCUCCGUGUCUGCUUUUUAUCGACGAAAUCGAUGCCAUCACACCGAAGAGAGAAAGCGCACAACGGGAAAUGGAGAGACGAAUAGUCGCACAAUUUCUCACAUGCAUGGAUGACAUGUCCUGGGACAAAACCGACAAUAAGCCUAUCAUCGUCAUCGGGGCGACUAAUCGACCGGACUCGCUAGAUGCAGCGCUGCGUCGAGCCGGCAGAUUCGACCAUGAGAUCAGUAUGGGCGUCCCAGACGAGGAAGCGCGAGCACAGAUUCUUCGCGUGUUGUGCAGUAAACUCAGGUUGGAAGGCGAUUUCGACUAUAUGUCGCUCGCGAAGGCCACGCCUGGUUAUGUUGGUGCAGACUUGACGGCUUUAACAGGCGCAGCCGGCAUCAUUGCCGUCAAGCGUAUAUUCCAGCAGAUAUCCGAGGGCGCUCUCACCAUCCCGGAGAUAAUAAAUGAACAAAAAACUCCUUCGGACGAGGACACUUCCAUGCUGGUUGACACACCUCAAGUUAUCCCUGACCAACAGGCAGAUUCGCAAGCACCCGCAAAACCAGUGCCAUUCUCAACGUUUGACCUGUCUCUUCACAACAAGCCGGCCAGUUCCAUCGUCCAUUUCCUGCGUGCGCAUCCCGACCCGCUCACAGAGGCCCAACUGGCACCUCUCUGCAUCACCGCGCCGGACUUUAGGCUCGCGCUGAAGCAGGUGCAGCCGUCGUCUAAGCGCGAAGGCUUUGCCACCGUCCCGGACGUCACCUGGGCGGACAUCGGUGCGCUGCAUGAGACGCGCGAGGAGCUGCACAUGGCCAUCGUGCAACCGAUACGGCGCCCGGAGCUGUUCAGUGCGGUCGGCAUCGAGGCGGCAUGCGGCGUGCUGUUAUGGGGUCCGCCCGGGUGCGGAAAGACGCUGCUCGCGAAGGCCGUCGCAAACGAGUCGAGGGCAAACUUCAUCAGCGUGAAGGGCCCUGAGUUGCUGAACAAGUAUGUCGGCGAGAGCGAGCGGGCGGUGCGUCAAGUUUUCUCAAGAGCGCGAGCUUCCGCCCCCUGCGUCAUUUUCUUCGACGAACUCGACGCGCUCGUUCCGCGGCGAGAUGACAGUCUCUCCGAGUCCUCCGCGCGCGUCGUAAACACGCUGCUCACAGAGCUAGACGGACUCGACGCGCGCAAGAGCGUGUACGUGAUCGCAGCGACGAACCGGCCAGACAUGAUCGACCCCGCGAUGUGCCGGCCGGGGCGGCUCGACAAGCUGCUGUACGUCGACCUACCCUUGCCGCACGAGCGCACAGAGAUUGUGCGCACGAUGGCGCGACGGCUCCCGCUCGCGGGGCCCGGCGCCGCACAGGCGCUCGAGACGCUCGUGUGCGAACGCUGCGAGGGGUACAGCGGCGCGGACCUCGCCGCGCUCGUGCGCGAGGCGGGCGUUGCGGCGCUGAAGCGCACGCUCGGCGCGCUCGACAUGAUGGGUGCGGAGACCGAUGCAGACGAGACCCGCGACGCGCUGGGUGGGGUGCCGCAGGUGCAGGUGCAACUUGACGACUUCGUGAUGGCGCUCGACAAGGUGCAGCCGAGCGUGUCUGCGGCGCAGCGGAGGCGGUACGAGGCGUUGCGGUCGAAGUUCGCGGGACUGCCGGUGCGGGUGGGAAGGGACGAGGAGGAGAAGCGUAUUGCGGAACGGGGGUAA